AUGAAAAGAGGUAAAGCGAAAGUUUCUUGGAAAUCGGUCUGUUUACCAAAAAAUGAAGGAGAGCUUGGGAUCAUACGUAUUGCUACUCAUAAUAAAGCUCUAUUGUCGAAUCACAUCUGGAGUAUUUUAACUAAUAGAGAAUCUUUAUGGGUUAAAUGGGUGCACUCGUAUAGGUUGAAAGGGAGAAGUUUUUGGGCUGUUUCAUUGCCUGGCUCGUGUAGUUGGGGUUGGCGUAAGUUGCUGCAGCUACGUGAGGAAAUUCGGCCAUUUAUUUGGUCUAAAUUCGGCCAUUUAUUUGGUCCAUUUAUGGGGUUGUCGAAUCACACUUGCCUGCUCAGCAACCUUCAGUUAAAUGAUUCUGAUGAUAUGUUGUGUUGGAAAGAUCAAAAUGGUGAUCAAUCGAAGUUUGCAACGGGGACUGUUUGGCAUACAUUGAAGAGGAAGGAACCGAUGGUUCAAUGGCAUAAAGUUGCUUGGUUGUUUACUGAUAAGGUCAGACCUGUUGGACGGGUGAUUGCUUUGAUUAAAGAAAUGGUCAGAUUACGGCUUGUUACUUUGAAGUUCAAGAAUACUCCUCGAGUUGUUUCGUUGCUUGAGGAUUGGAAACUGCCAAAGAGCAUUAUGUUUGAAGAACUGAUGGCGCCGAUUUAG